AUGUCAUCCAAGUCCAAGAAAGAUCUCGAGGAAGUCACCGACAAGGUCUCUGAAAUGGGAGUCGAGGAUGGAGGUAAAAAAUUAUCACACAAAGAAAAAAAGAAACUUAAAAAACAGCAGGAGUAUGAGAAAAAUCUGGAGAUGCUUACUAAAGUUGGUGGUCAGGGGCACAGUGAUCUAGACUCGAAUUUCACCGUGUCGCAGAGUGAAACUCUCACCCGCGGUGCUCAGUUAUUGGAGCAUGCUGUUGAUAUUAAAGUUGAAAAUUUUAGUAUAGCUGCUAAAGGAAAACAAUUGUUUACUGAUGCUACUUUGCUGAUAGCACAGGGAAGACGUUAUGGUCUUGUUGGUCCUAAUGGACAUGGUAAGACAACAUUACUGCGUCACAUAGCAAAUAGAGCAUUUAAUAUUCCACCGAAUAUUGAUGUACUUUAUUGUGAACAAGAAGUUGUUGCCGAUGAAAUGCCAGCUGUUGAGGUUGUACUUAAUGCUGAUGUUAAGUGUAAAUCAUUGCAAAAAGAAUGUAAAGAAUUGGAGCUUAAAGCUGAAACUAACAGUGAUGAAGCUAUUCAAGCACGGUUACAAGAGGUUUAUGAAGAGUUGAAAGCAAUAGGAGCCGAUUCAGCAGAACCACGUGCGCGCAGAAUUUUAGCUGGUCUAGGAUUCAGUAAAGCAAUGCAAAACCGCCCGACCAAAAACUUCUCCGGAGGAUGGCGGAUGCGUGUCUCACUAGCUCGUGCCCUGUUUGUUGAACCAACACUCUUGCUACUGGAUGAACCGACAAAUCAUUUAGAUCUAAACGCUGUAAUUUGGUUGGAUAACUACCUGCAAAGCUGGAAAAAAACACUGCUCAUCGUGUCUCACGACCAAAGUUUCUUGGACAACGUUUGCACGGAUAUCAUCCACUUGGAUCAAGAGAAAUUAUUUUACUACAAGGGAAAUUACACGUUGUUUAAAAAAAUGUACGAGACUAAGUGGAAGGAGGCGAUGAAGCUGUACGAGAAGCAGGAAAAGCGACUGAAAGAGAUGAAAGCUUCAGGACAGAGUAAGAAACAAGCGGAAAAGAAACAGAAGGAAGCUCUGACGAGGAAACAAGAAAAGAAUAGAACUAAAAUGCAGAAACAAGAAGAAGAUACUGGACCGCAGGAACUUUUGCAGAAGCCACGGGAGUAUGUUGUCAAAUUUAGUUUUCCUGAUCCACCACCACUUCAACCUCCAAUUCUCGGACUUCAUAAUGUAUCCUUUGGCUACGACACAGAAAAAUUAUUGUUCAAAGAUGUUGAUUUUGGUAUCGACUUGAAUUCACGUGUUGCUAUCGUUGGUCCCAAUGGUGUAGGAAAGUCAACGUUUUUAAAAUUAUUACUAGGUGAAUUAACUCCGUUACAAGGUGACCUUAUUCGUAAUCAUCGAUUGCGUAUCGGUCGUUUCGAUCAACAUUCAGGAGAGCAUUUAACUGCGGAAGAAACACCGUCAGAAUAUUUGAUGCGUUUGUUCAAUUUGCCUUAUGAAAAAGCUAGAAAACAAUUAGGAACAUUUGGACUGAGCUCCCACGCACAUACCAUCAAGAUGAAAGACUUGUCUGGUGGGCAAAAAGCGCGUGUUGCCUUAGCUGAGUUGUGUCUCAACGCUCCAGAUGUUGUAAUUCUCGAUGAACCGACGAACAAUCUUGAUAUCGAAUCAAUUGACGCACUAGCGCACGCGAUAAAUGGGUACAAAGGCGGUGUCAUUAUUGUGUCUCACGACGAACGGCUGAUCCGUGACACUGAGUGUUGUCUUUAUGUUAUCGAAAACCAGAAUAUCUUUGAAGUCGACGGUGACUUUGACGAUUACAGGAAAGAGUUGCUUGAAAGCUUGGGUGAAAUUAUCAAUAAUCCUAGUAUAGCAGCUAAUGCUGCUGUUGCUCAAUGACCUAACGUUCACCCGACCUAGUCGUUAUAAAUUCAUUUCUAUGCAUAAUUAUAUUCAAGAGAGUAAUUACAGCUUAGUUGACUUUUUUUAUAAUGGUUGAUUUUUUAUUUAAUUUUGUAUAAUUGACGGAUGAUAGCGGGGAAUUUAUAUGAUGUUGAAAUCACCAGACAUUUUAUAGUUUUUUAAAUUUUUAUAACAAAUCAAUUAUGAUAAAAAAAAUAUUUUUAACAAUUCGCAAUUACAAUUUUU